CUUCAACAAAAAAAAAUAAAAAAAAUUGUUUGGUUUUGGUGAUUUAUUUUGUUUGUUUGUUGAGAGAAAUUGUAUACAAUAAAAGUAAUUGCUCAAGGAAAUCAACAUAAGGAUUAAAUAAUUGUUAUAUAAAUGUCUCAAAACUCUGAAAAACCGUCAAAUCAGGAUGUUACGGAUCCUACAGGACCAGCAGCUCGCAAAGGAGUGCUCAUAUCGUUAAGAACUGGCAAAACCAUGGAAAUCCCUGAAAAAGACAUCCUCGGAAGAUGCAGAUUCGUCGGUGAAUUUGAGAAACUCAAUCGUAUUGGUGAAGGCACUUACGGUAUUGUAUACAGAGCAAAAGAUAAAUUGAAUGGUAAUAUAGUUGCAUUGAAAAAAGUUCGCAUGGAUGUAGAGAAAGAUGGGCUACCUUUGAGUGGCCUUCGUGAGAUACAGGUCUUGAUGGCUUGCCGACAUGAAAACAUUGUUCAACUGAAGGAAGUGCUUGUGGGACGUUCAUUAGAAAGUAUUUUCUUAUCAAUGGAAUACUGUGAGCAAGACUUGGCAUCCUUGCUUGACAACAUGUCCUCACCAUUUACAGAGUCACAAGUAAAAUGCUUGAUGUUGCAAGUACUAAAGGGCCUAAAAUAUUUACACUCCAACUUCAUUGUACACAGAGACUUGAAAGUAUCAAACCUUCUGUUGACUGACAAAGGAUGUGUUAAAAUUGCGGAUUUCGGUCUAGCCCGUUGGUUGGGUGCGCCCGCGCGUUGUGCGACGCCGCGAGUUGUGACGCUAUGGUACCGCGCGCCCGAGUUGUUGUUGCAAGCGCCUCGCCAGACGCCCGCGCUCGAUAUGUGGGCGGCGGGUUGUAUACUUGGUGAACUGCUCGCUAACAAGCCAUUGCUGCCUGGCAGGACGGAGAUCGAACAGCUGGAGCUAAUCGUCGAUCUGCUUGGCACGCCUUCAGACGCCAUCUGGCCGGAGUUCAGCCAACUGCCAGCGCUGCAGAACUUCACGUUGAAGCAGCAGCCAUACAAUAACCUGAAGCAGAGGUUCCCGUGGCUAUCGGCGGCGGGAUUGAGACUCCUCAAUUUCUUGUUCAUGUACGACCCUAACAAGCGGGCUACUGCCGAGGAAUGCCUCCAGAGCUCUUACUUUAAGGAGCAACCUUUGCCAUGCGACCCGAAGCUAAUGCCAAGUUUCCCACAGCACCGCAACAUGAAGGGACAGCAAAAGAAUUCGUCGAACCAGUUGAACAUUCCUUUAUCCAAUUUGAACACUGGCGCCAACGAUCAGACCAACAAUUUGCCCGCCAUCUCUGAUCUCCUUGGGUCAUUGGUCAAGAAGCGAAGGCUAGACUAAAUGCUUGUAUGACAAAUUUAAGUUUAACUCUAGUGUUAAGGUAUGAUAAAUACACGGA